AUGAGAUUAUCUACUGAGGAAAGUUAAGAGAAUGAAGAAUAAUAAGUUGAUCCCAAAAAAAAAUUCAUUUAUUAAACUGAAAAAAUGAGAUUAUUACUAGAAGUACCUAUAGAAAAACGAAAUAAAACAAUUUGUCAAGAUAUUGCUUAAAUUGCUGGAGUAAAAAUUAUCAUGACUAUCUAAGGAAAUUCAAUUUCUCAAAUAAUAUAGAGAUAAACCAAAUUUUUUAGAUUUGUGCAAACAUCUGUUUCUAAAGACUUAUAAUAAAAGAGAAUAUAUUUUUUAAUAAGGUGAAACAGGUGAUGCUUUUUAUGUUAUUUUAAGUGGAAGUGUUAAGGUGUUUAUUGAAGAGCCAACAGAAUUCAGAAAUUUUAUGUAGCUGGUAACAUAUACAUUAUGAUAUAGAAAGAAAUUGCAAUAUUAUAAAAAGGUGAUGCUUUUGGAGAAAUUUCUUUACUUUACAAUUCUAAAAGAACAGCAGCUGUAAUGGCAGCAGAAAAGAGUGAUUUAAUUAUAUUAACAAAAGAAAGUUUUGAGGAAUAUUUAAAGAAUGAUAACAAAUAAGAAAUGUAGACAGCAAAUUUAAAUAAAUUAAUUCAAUUCUUAGAAAAAGUUCCAAUUUUUAAAAUGUUCUCAAAAUCAUUAUUAGUAUAAAUUUGUACUAAAUGUACAAUGGAACAUUACUCAUCCCAAUAGAUUUUAAUUAAAUAAGGAACUGAACCUUCAAAUCUAUAUAUUAUUAAAUAAGGAUGUGUUAAAGUAAUUAGAAAAAUUAAAUUAAAUUAUGGAAGUAUGACUUCAAGAGAGGAAUUGACAUAAAAAAAAUAAGAUUUAUUUUAUGAUAUUGAUGAACUUAGUGAUCAUGAUGUUUUUGGGGAUUAUGCAAUUUUAAAUGAAGUAGAAUCUGAUUGUUCAUAUAUUACAUCUAUUCCUUGUUAAAUAAUAUCAAUAAGUUCAUUUAAUGUCAGAAAAUUACUUCCUAUGGAUAUAAUACAAAUUUAUAAAUAGUAACUUAAAAGAUAUCCUGAUGAUGAUGAUAUUUAAUAUUUAUUUGAAGAAAAAGAAAGAUGGAAUCAUUAUAAAAGAAAAUUAAUUAGAAAUAUUAAGAUUGAGAAAUAAAAUAAAAAAGGAUUUGAUCUUAGAUUGAGAUUACCAGAAUUAAAAACAAAAGAAUUAUCACCACCUAUUAAUAUUAUUGACAUAAAAACUAGUGAUAGUAGAAUAUAUUUUAAAUUUUUGGAAUCAAAGAUUAGUCCUAUGGCUGAUAGUAAAAAGAAGGUUUCUUAAUUAACCUAAGUUGGAUUUAAUUCAUAGAUCAUUAAAGAUUUAGAAUUCUCUUAAGCCCAAUAAGCUUUUCAAAGAAAACUCAAAAAAUUAUAAUAUAAAAAGUAUUGA